AAUUAGUUUUUGUUAGCUGUUUAAUAAAAAAUAUUGAGCAUAAAUGGACUCCACUGUGUCUUAUUACUGCUGUGUUUAUAUUGGAUAUUUCUUGGUUGUUUAUUUUUUAGUGAUUUCAAAUCAAAUCAAAGAUGAGGAGCCUUUAUCUUCCUCAUAUAUCUCUCACCAUUACAAUCAUAGGUGGCAGUGAACAUGUGAUCAUGUUUCCUAUACAGUGUCACUUCAGAUUGGCCAAUCAAAAGCAGUCUUGUCUAUGAGGAGUGGAGAAAAGUAAAUGAUCUUUUCAUUUCACACGGCAAGUUGAACACAAUGACAUCUCCAGUAUUUGCUUUCUAUCUCACAUGUCUGUUCUUGGGGAAAAUGGCUCAGAUGACUCAUCUGAAAUUCUCCUCAUCUGUUCGUCAAGACAGUGGUUUUAUAUCAGCUAAUGUUGGUGAUGAGACGACUUUGCAAUGUUUCUAUGGAGGUGAAGUUGCAAGGCUUUACUGGUAUAAACAAACUCUGGGACAGAAAAUUAAGCUAAUCUCAACCUUCUAUAAAUAUGAGGUAAUCAGCACGUUUCAUGAUGAAUUCAAGAACAAUCCUCGCUUCGCACUGGAUACUGAAAACAAUAAAAAUCACUUGAAGAUCACAGAUUUGCACAUUUCAGACUCAGCUACUUACUACUGUGUUAGUAGCUAUUUUAACACGUUAGAAUUUUUGGAGGGCACUACUCUCAAUGUAAAGGGUUCAGGUUUGAACAUCCAAGCUUUGGUCCAUCAGUCGGCAUCUGAGAGCAUCCAGCCAGGAGGCUCUGUGACUCUGAACUGUAUAGUACACACUGGGACCUGUGAUGAUGGAGAACACAGUGUUUACUGGUUUAAAAACUCUGAAGAAUCUCAUCCAGGAAUCAUUUACACACAUGGAGGCAGGAAUGAUCAGUGUGAGAGGAACAGCAACACACAAACACACACCUGUGUCUAUAACUUGCCAAUGACGAGUCUGAAUCUUUCUCAUGCUGGGACCUACUACUGUGCUGUCGCCUCAUGUGGACAGAUACUGUUUGGGAACGGGACCAAGCUGGACAUUGGGUAUGAGGUGGACUCUCUUGUCUUGGUGUAUUUCUUGAGUGGAGCUUUGGCGUUCACCACCAUCCUCAGUGUUUUAUUGGCUUUCUCAGUGUACAAGAUGAACAAGAGAAACAGCUGCCAGUCAGAGCCUCAACAUGGAUUUGCAGCUCCGUCCACGGCAGAUGCAGAGGGUAACCAAGAUGCAGACAACCUCCAUUAUGCUGCAUUAAAUGCUAAUGUGGCAAACAGAUCAAGAAGAGCGAGGAACAACACCAAGAAUGAAUGUGUGUACUCCAGUGUAAAGAUGUAGAACUUGUGAGGUUUCUUAGAAUCUCCUUUAUUAUGUAUUGUAGUCUUAGAUAAAGGUCUUGAGAUAAAUAUGUGCCUCAUGAUCUGCAGUCAAAAGAUGAGAUUCUCUGUGUUUUAGUACGGUUUAGUAAUUUGCACAUUCAGGACUGUACUCUCUGUGUUGCUUGUCAGUGUGCUUUAAAGGACGUCUACAGGAUGUCUCUGCUUUUAAUUUGUUUUCUUUAAAUAAAAUAUAUAUCUUUAAUUCUAAAAUCAUAUA